AUGAAGAGCGCUGCAACAAGAGAAGCAUUAGCUUUCCUUGCGGAAUGCCAGCUGCCAUCUGUCCAGGAAGCGCAUCUCAGCAGUGAAAUGCAACUUGCCGUCAACUACAUGUUACUGAGCGCCUGCUUCUUGGUUAUGACAACAUUCUUUAACCUUAAAAUCAUUGACCAAGUGGACCAGAUACCACGUGGAAAGGUAACGAGUGGACAUAGACCUACCAGCUGUAAAAGAGCGGAACUAGGCGCAGCUAUAGAGUCGCUACGUAGGCGGAACCCAUUCGAAGAAGAGUCAUCUGAAUUAAAACUUAGGUUCUUUCGUUAUAACUGUGUUUCUCAAGCUGGGACAAUGAUGAGGUUAAAGACCUUUUCAUCACUGGCUGGGGAAUCCGUCUAG